AUGCCUCCUUUUCACGACCCCUCCUCUCUCUCUGUGGAAGCACUGCGUGCGCCAUAUAUUUUGCCAAGUCGCCGGAACAGCCUCAUCCCGUAUCGUCAUCGCUCUGGAAGAGCGAGGGAGAGCAGGGUAGUUCGAAGCGUAAGAAGUUGUCCUGCCGUCUCUUUCUUUGCUGUGCCGGCCCCGCUCAUCCGGCCACGGCCGCCUAUUGCCCCCCCCCUUCCCCCCCCCAAUGGUGCCAAGCUCCGUGAACUCAUGAAGUCCACGUACACGUCUCUCAGCGACUUGGGCGCCGUCGCGAUCUCUCACCGCGGCGAGAUCGAUGAGGUGAAGCGGCAGCUGGAUGUCAAGCACGGCUACUUCGAUGCCUGGAUGUACGGCUUCCUCGAGAACAAGAAGUUCGAUGUUGGUGAAACGGUCGCCAAGCUGCAUCGGCGCUUUGCAAUGGAGGUGAGUGAGCUCGCCUCGUACGAGCUGACGGACUACAUGCGGGAGUCGCUGCGCAAAGGCAUUAUCGGCGAAAUCGGAACCGACAAGGCGGGACGUGUCGCCUUUCUCGUCAACACAAAGCGCGACUACCCGCAGUCCAAGCACCGCGACGAGCAGCGUCGCUCCUUCGACAUGUUCGUAAGCUACGGCACACGCCUACGCAAGGAGAACAAGCGCUGCCAGAUGGUGAUGCUCAUCAACCAGGACGGCGCUAGCUUCUUCAAAAACGUCGACAUGACCUUCCAGGCAGACAUCGCGCUGCGCAUCUCGAAGUUCUACCCCGGAUGCGUGGACAAGAUCUACAUCUGCAAUAUGAGUCGCACCCUCGCCGCCAUGGCAAAACCCAUCUUCAAACGCCUGCCGGCCAUCGUGGCCGAUCGAAUUCAGAUUAUCGACGACAACGACAUCAAGCAAGGCGUGCUGCUGGAGCUCUUCGACGCGGAAGUGCUGCCGGUCGAGCUGGGCGGCAAGAACAAGUGUGACAAUGAGGAGCUCUGGGGUGCGUACGCGGAUCGGGUGGAGAAGUACUACGCGGAGCUGAAGCGGGCCGUCAAUGAACGGGGAAUGACGGUCAAGGACUACGAAUUAGAGAGCAUCGGCAUCGACCCUGGGACGGCGCACGAGAGGGACGCCGCCCACGGUGUCGCAACAACAACGCCACAGGCCGACACCCUCGUGCAGUCCGUCUGCUCCUUCCCUGCGCAGACGCCGUCACGCCAGUUGUCUGUCUACCCCGCUGCAAGAGAUGCUCUUCAGCCGCAUCCGCCGAGAGGCCUGCGGGCCCCGUCGCUGUACAUGGCCGGCGCGAAUGAGAGCGAUGACCCGGAGCUGAAGCUCCUCAACACGUGCCGCACGGAGGGGUCGUACCUGCCGUCGCCGGCGUGCGAUCUUGCCGACAAAGAAGAGGCCGGUGCCCAGGAGCCGAUUUCGUGGGCCGAAGUGGUGGCGCUGCUUCCGGACAGCCUUGCGCUCUUCUUCCUGGAGGAGCUGCUACGCUGGCGCACGGCUGUCGAAAACAGUGAAUGCGGAGAGCGCUACAAGAUCCUGGACAGCUUCGUCUCCGGUCUCAGGACGACCACCGAGCUCGGCAUUCGCGGCUUGGAUGUGUCGGACCGGAAGUGGUACGUUGGCGUUCCGUACCCUCUGCGCGCCCUCUACCGCAUCCUCCUGGUGGCCAUCACGCUGGUGAACAUGAUAUACUUCUCAGCCGCCCUUGUCUUCUGCGCCGUCUUCAGCGCUGACGUCAUCAUCACCCUCUUCCUUGGCUUCUUCGCCAAGCCCAGCUACGUGUUCUCACUGGGGGCGGUGCUGCUCAUGGUGGCCAUCCAAGGCGCCUCCCUCUGCACACGUGCGGCGGACUGUAUCCUGGCAGUGUAUAACCACAACGUCAUCCCCCUCUUCGAGCGCCUCGGCAGCUACUGGGGCACGGUGGCGGAGGUGAUACUAUUCUUUGUGCUCGUCAUCAUCCAGUUCAUCAUCUUCUGCGUGUACGCGCUGAGGAGCAACCCGCUGCGCGGCCUCGAAGUAUCCUUCGCUACGGGCUGGUUUAGCGCGCUUCUCGUGGUCGUCUUCACGCAUGUCUUUUUCUUUACCGGCAUCUUCGCUUCCCCGACGACGCGCGACGCGGAUAAUCGGCUUGCCGCGCUGCCUUUCUUCCUGGCCCUCAACCUCGGCAACGCCCCCAAGGAGCAGCUGCGGGAGCUGGACACGCGCUUCAUGCUGCGCACCUCCUCUUACGUCAUCUGCGGCAUCCCGCUGGUCAUCAGCGUUCUGCUGGGCAUCAGCUUCCUCAUUAGCCGCAUCGUCUCCCUCUAUGUCGCAACCUUUGCAGCGACCCUCGUGGCGGCGUACAUGGUGCACUACUACUCCGACGCCCUGUCGAACUCGCUGAGCGGGUCACUGUUGCGCUUCACACUGUGGAUGCUGACGCUCGUGUGGUGCUAUGUGACGCUAGCCAUAGGCCUCCAUAACCACAACCACCGCUACAGCGUCUCGGUGAUUGUCGCGUUAGUACUGAACGGCACCUUUGUUUUGUUGGCGCUAUCGUGCCUGCGCCGCCCGGGCAGAAGCCGGCUGCUGCGCGUCUCCUACAUUAUCGUCAUGGCCUACAUCUUCGGCUGCUGGAUUACGGUGUUUCCUCUGGUGGACUGGCGCAUGGGUCUCUUCUGUCUCGCCAUCAUGAUCCACAACGUGCUGAACAUCGUCUUUGCCCCUCGCACGCUCACCGGCAUCCACGCCUCCUUCUUCCUCGCCGCAGCGGUGAUGCUGCUUGGCGUGUCGUGCGUGCUGCUUGGGUGGUACGGCACGACGCUGAUGACCACGAAAGCGCAUAGCCGUCCCUCCGACCCACCCAACGCCACGACGCUGUCGCAGCUGGAGCUCUACCACCGAUACCCUGUCUGCACGCUGCAGCUGGGCCAGGACGGCUCGUUCCGCGUGGUGGACGUCGCCCUGCUGAACGAGGUUGUCAGCGCCCGCACCAACGCGACACGCGCAGUCGACUUUAACAACUGGUUCGGCACUCGCGGCGUCACCUACAGUGGUGUCGUGCGCGAGUUUGAGACGGACGGCAUCUCGUGGGAGAUGCACGAGUUCCUGCUGCCAGCCGCAGCAAACACCACCGUCUUGGUGCUGAACAACCGCUACGCCAUGUCGUCCAUCGUGGCCAUGGUAGGCUGGGUCGACGCUAUCGCCUUGUCCCCACUCUCCAUCUUCAUGCCGUAUGACUGGAUCGAUGCCUUGGUGCAUACCACGUCCUUUGCUACCCGGCUGAUUCCGUUUGCAGCGGGGCGCCUCGUCGACGAACUCAGGGAUUACGUGUACCUCAAGAAGAGUCAGCUUAAAACCAACCUCAUCCUCACCGGCGGCGGCGUGGCGGGCGGCUUCCUCUCGGCGGCAGCGGCACAAUCGAAGACCCAAGCCGUCGUGUUUGCCUCCCCCGGACUUCUGCAUUGCUCCCGAAAGCUCGGAGUGUCUUUCGACGACUACCACAGCUACGUCCUCUCCAUCGGCGCCCACAACGGUGCUCUGAACUACAUCGGCGGUCAGGACACGACCGUGAGUCAGCGUGUGCUCUGCGACGCCUCUGCUCUCUACUGCAUGCGACCGCAGUUUUUCUCGACGGCGUUGCUGGAGGCCUGCGGUGAUGCGGAGGGUCGCAAGCACCUUGCCUCCACAUGA